GAGUCGCUGUGCGAGUUUCUAUGCGAGUUGGGAGUUUCUAUGUGAGUGCAGCAGCAGAUAAUGGGCAGAUAAUGGGCAGAGAAGAGAGAAUCUCCCCUGGGGAUAAACAAAUGAGCAGAAACCAGCGGGGGUGUGGGAUUUCCUCCCUAGGGGGAGAGCGCUAACUAGAGAGACGCCCCAGUAUGUGCCUGUCCCGAGCACUGACGGCUGCAGGAGUUAAUCUCCUGCUUUUCGUGCUGUUUCUCAUCACUUCCUGAUACAGUCCCCCCCUCUGCUCGCGGCACGUGGAACCUCCCAGUCCUGGACUUUCCAGCUGAGAUCAGUGAGCGGCGCAGUCGGAGCACAGGAGUCGUGUGAUGUAGUGUCUGGAGUCGUCUCAGCCAUGCCUGCUGCUGGCCACAGCCUCGGGUAUAAAGCAGGUUCUUUGUUGGACAGCAGAGCUGUCAUGGAGCUCAUGAGCACCAACAGUGACCAGAUGGAAGAAACAGAGCUUUUGCUCACCUACCUGAAUGUAUCAGAUGUUGUUAACAUUAUGGAGAACUUUUAUCGAGACGGGGAAGCCUGUGCAGGGGUUGAGAAACCCAUCCGGGAGUCCCCCGAAGCCUAUGAUUGUGAGGAGAGGUCAGACUCUCUGUUUCUCAGUGGGCAGGAACCGUCUCUUCUGUUAUCGGUCAAAUAUGGAAGCGAGAGAGAGUUACUCAGUUUUGCCAAUCAGGUCACUGACGCUUCCAAGUAUUUGCAUGCAUGCCUGCAACAAGAGUGCGGAAUCAUAAUGAACAAGAUGCUCACCAUCAGAAGUGGACGUUAUCAGAUUGAAACAGACGUCUUGCUAUAUCCCUGGAAGAUGACUUACAGGAACAUUGGUUCUGAUUUCAUACCUCGUGGAGCUUUUGGGAAAGUACAUCUGGCACAGGAUUUGGAAACAAGGAAAAGAAUGGCAUGCAAACUAAUCCCAGUGGAACACUUCAAACCAACAGAGGUGGAAUUCCAAGUACAGUUGCGCCAUGAGAAUAUCGCUGAGCUGUACGGGGUCAUACUGUGUAACAACAUGGUCCAUCUUUAUAUGGAAGCCGGAGAAGGCGGAUCUGUUAUGGAAAAGCUGGAAAGCUGUGGCCCUUUGAGGGAAUUCGAAAUAAUAUGGGUCACCAAGCACAUCCUCAAGGGACUGGACUUUCUCCACUCCAAAAACGUCAUCCACCAUGAUAUAAAACCCAGCAACAUUGUCUUCAUGUCAACCAAGGCAGUUUUAGUGGAUUUUGGACUGAGUAUUCAGAUGACUGGGGACCUGUAUCAUCCAAAGGACCUAAGAGGGACUGAGAUCUACAUGAGCCCAGAAGUUGUUCUGUGCAGAGGGCAUUCAACCAAAGCUGAUAUAUACAGCAUGGGAGCCACCAUCAUUCACAUGCAGACUGGUUAUCCUCCCUGGGUCAAAAGAUACCCACGUUCAGCCUACCCCUCCUAUCUCUAUAUAAUACACAAACAGGCUCCUCCAUUGGAAGAUAUCGCCGAAGACUGCAGCCCUGCUAUGAAAGCUUUCCUGGCUGCGCUACUGGAGCGGAACCCAAAUCAGCGGCUGCCCGCUGCAGAUCUGCUGAAACACGAAGCUCUGCACCCACCUCCUGAGGAUCAGCCUCGGUGCCAGAGCCUGGAUAGCGCCCUCUUUGAAAAGAAACGAUUACUGAAGAAAGAGCUGGAGUUGCCAGAAAACAUUGCAGACUCUUCCAUUUACACAAGUGAAGAAUCGGAGCAGAUGAGGAGGCAGCGAUCUCUCUCUGUUGACCUUGGAGCCCUGGCUGGCUACCUGAACAUUGUCCGUGAACCUCCAACUGUGGAUUAUGAUUGCCCCUGAAAGAACAAGUCCAGGAGAUGCUUGUGUCUACAGGAAUGGCUUUUAGUGAAGCAGCAGGAACUGCUCAGAACAUGAAGCCUAUUCAUUUGUAUCAAACAUUUUGGACCUUUAGUCACAGACUAGGGGAAGGGAUUUGUAAUGUCCCCAAAUGCUCAAAAAUUUCACAUGGGCCGGCUGAUUAUACUGACAUUUUCAGGGGUUCAGAUUCUACUUACUGACCAACGAGUCACUGAGAAUAUGAGAAUAUUAACUGGUAUACCCUAUUAUUUCUGCCUAAUACAUUAACUCAAGUGGAGAAUAAUCAGUCAUUAAUGUGUGUGACAAAUACUGCAGCUUUUUUUUUUUUUUUUUUUACUACGUCUGGAGGAAAGGAAUGGAUUCCCGUGGAAAUGUGCCUCGUUGCUUUUCUGAUGUGUUCCAAUAAUGUUUUGACAUGAUAUUCUGUACAUCCUGAUGGAUGAUUGUGUACGUCUAUAACGACUGCUCAUUAAACUCCAUUUUCGGAGGGGUCACACAGCCAGUAUAAUGCACAAUAACACUUUAGCUACGAUGGAUAUACUGCAUACUGUGUAUGCUAUUCACUUGCACCUUAUAACAGCAAAACCAGCUUGCGGACCUGUAAUUAUUCUUUGAAUAGUUUCACUGUAGUGCUUAUUUAACAUGAGGCAUCUGAAUGCCACAUCCCUCCACUGGAGGGCAACGGCGAUCAAAACACCCCAUAUGUAAUAAAAAAAAAACACAAAGUUUUCCCAGUAGCAGUAACACAUAGCAACCAAUAAGAUGUUUGCUUUAGGUUACUAGUCCUGGGCAAACUCAGUGCCUUCUAUUACAUAAACCCUUUAGAGUCUUUGUCUGACAUGCUCUAUAUAAUGUGUAUGCUUCUAAGCUCACUGUUCUCUCUAAGCUGUGAAUAAAUCAUUCUACUGA